AUUUCCUCCCGACAACAGGACACCCUGACUGCAACACCUUUGGUUUUGGCCCUAGAAAGGAGAGGACGAGGAGCAGCCCCUUCUUCAAUCUGUCUCCACGCAGUCAGGACUCCGAAUCCGAGGACGAAUUUGAUUCAUCUGCUGUCGCAGACAUCUGCUGUCGCAAACCGAUGCCCAUUCGAAACGGAAUCCGAGGUCCUCGAAGUAUGUCUCGUACUCGUUGUGUAGUUCUUUACUUACUUAGACUCAUUCACCGCACUCAGC